AUGAGAGAUUCCCCUGACACUCGCAGUUUGGCUAAAGCCUCAAGCACUGAGAUAUUAGCCAGGAUCAAGGGGUUGGAGGAGAAUGUUACAAGUCUUCAAAUACGUUUGGAAGAGAAAAACCAAGAACUGAGGGAGAUUCGUAUGCUCUUGCCAAAACUUGAAGAAGACUUCGGUGCCGAGUUAAACUCUACAAGAAGUAACCUGCAAGAUACAAACGCAAAGUUGCACAAAUCUUUGUCGAUAGUUAAUUCAUCUCUCGUGGAAAAGAGUGAUAGUCUGACCUUUAAGACGACCCAGUUAUCAUCAAUCCUGGAGACGUCACUAGACAACGUUGAAAAGCUUAACAAGACACUUGAAAACACACGAAAUAAGUUGCAAGAGAACAUAUCGAGUUUGAACUCUUCAGUUGCCAUAUUACGCAAGAAAGUGGAAGAAAUCAGCACGGAUACUUUCAGACAGGUGAAUACUGGGCUAAAACGCUUGGAGGAAAAUUUAAAUGGGACAGAAAACAAGUUGGCUUUGGCGAUGUCUGAGACGAAUGUAAAACUUAACAGCACUACAAGAAGACUUUAUCAAGAAGAUGCCAACAUCAGGAAUCUGCUUGACGCUAUCAACAUCACUUUAUCCUUGAAGUUGAUAAACGCGACAGAUAGACUAAACCAAGAAGAUGUGAGGCUGAGGACACUGUUGUCAGAAUUUAACACCACCCUCUCUAACAAG